UACUACAUAUUUACAUAUAUAAAUUAUAUAAACAAUAUUCUAACUAACCUCGAUACAUAUCCCCACUAAAAAUUGCCUAUUGGAUAAUGUUUUGUGAAACGUGUAGGAAAACCACUCAGUCACCGAUUUUGUUAACGUUCAACUGCAUACGUGAGACUACGCGCUAAUCCUACAGUGGUUUAAAAAUAAAUAGUUGUUUAUAAGACCAAGUGUAUACAUUAGCAAUGAAUAAAGAACAAUCAAAAAGGCUUCAUAUACCUUUUCCAACAGGUCCACAUGCAACAGGAUGUAUGGAAUUGAUGACAGAGUAUUCAGAGGAAGGGUGUUUUGCUAGGGUAUUUUACCCAACCAAUAUUCCAUCUGAUCAAUUGGAUAAAUACUCGGAUAAAUGGGUUCCAUGGAUUCCAAAUGAAAUGUAUUUGAAAGCAUUUGCCCAUGCUCUUCGUUUACCAUAUUUUAUAUUCAAGUAUUUUCCACCACUCAUUGGCCAAGCACCCUAUUACAUACCAACCAUUAGUGAUGCACCGAUAUCGGACAAAAAGCAAUCGUAUCCCUUUUUCAUAUUUUCACAUGGUUAUGCAGCUACGAGAUUCGUUUGCUCAGAUUUUUGUAACACUUUAGCGUCGUAUGGAUUUAUAGUCGCUGCUAUUGAACACAGAGACAAAUCAUCGCCUAUUACGUUUUACUAUGAUUCUCCAGAAAGUGCAGAGCAGGACAAUCCCACGUGGGUCGAUUAUCAACAUUUCCAUCAAACUAACAACUCAGAUAAUUAUAUCCUGAAAAACAGCCAAUUGAAAGUCCGACAUAGAGAAUGCACCAAACUUCUGAAUACAUUUUUAGAUAUCAAUGCAGGCGUCUCUGUGAAGAACGUACUCAAGUCAUCGUUUGAUCUAAAACAAUUCAAAAGCAAGAUUGAUAUUAACAAAAUAAUAACAUCUGGAUUUUCAUUUGGUGGCGCAACCGCAAUGUAUAAUGCAUGUUAUGACUGUCGUUAUAAAGCUGCUAUAAUUAUCGAUGGUUGGAUGUUUUCGUUAAAAUCAGAGCCAUUUUUAAACAUUCAACAACCAAUGUUAUUCAUCAACACACAUACAUUCAACUUUGCAGCCAAUAUAAGAUCUAUUCGCCAGUAUUACCAUUCCAAAGGUAUUCGGAAACUAUACACAAUAAAGAAAACUACUCACGAAAGUCCCACAGAUACAGCUUUCAUACAUGGUCACUGGUUAGACUUGCAGAUGCUGAAAAAACUGGAUGCUAAAACAGCAUUAAAUCUACAGAGUAGUCUCGCAGUGCAAUUUUUACACAACACAAUCGGUUGCCCGACAAACUCUGACAAUGCUCAAAUAUUUCUAAAAGAACAUGCUGACGAUUUAAUAGAAGACUUAAUUUGUUAUACAAAAAGAAUUAAAAGAAAGAUUGGUGUUUAUCCUUGGUGAAUAUUGUAAAUUUAUAAAAGAAAGAUAACAAUUAACUGGUUUUUUUUUUUUUA